ACGUGCAGAUGCAUAUGAAUACUUGACCAGUUCAGAUUUUGAUUAGCGGAUAAACCUUUGCUAACUGAUGGGUGUAUUACAGGUUCUCAGUAUCCGCGCCCGUUAAACUAAACCAUGUAUGUUACACUACCAAACUUUUUAGAAAAAUUAUAUAUUUUAACCACGGUUUUAUUUAUUUUGUGUCUGGAGACUGGCGGAGUCGAUGGGCAGGAGGGUGAAGGGUGUGGGCACACUGUGCAGGGCUCCUCCAGCGGCACCCUGGCCUCGCGGAACUUCCCUGGCACGUACCCCAACGACACGCAGUGCGAAUGGAGGCUGCAAGCCCCACAGGGGACAAGACUGACCCUCGUGUUCGGAGACUUUGACCUGGAGUACUCCAAGCACUGCACAGCCGGCUCACUCACCAUCCUCCUCACUGGAGAGCCAGCCAGCAGCAUAGGUCCUCUCUGCGGAAACAUGAACAUGAUCCAAAAGAAGCUGACGUUAAACUCUAGUGAGGUGACGAUACGCUUCGAGAGCGGAACCCAUCGCUCGGGUCGGGGCUUCCUGUUGUCCUACACCACUGAGGGGCACUCAGGUUUGACCUCCUGUAUGGAGCGAGGUACUUACCGCACGGCUCCGCAGUUCAGUGCGUUGUGUCCUGCAGGCUGCAGGAAUGUGAGUGGAGAUAUCUGGGGAGAGUUUAGCCAAGGAUACCGAGAUACGUCAGUGCUGUGUAAAGCUGCCAUCCACGCGGGGGUGAUCUCUGACGAGCGUGGGGGUCCGAUCAAGGUGUCGCGGGAGCGGAGCAUCACUCUCUAUGAAGCAUCGCUCGCCAACGGGGUCCUGUCCAAAACUGGCCCUCUCUCUGAAAAGCGCCUUGUCUUCCACAAAGAGUGUACGGGCGCACUGCCUGUCUCUAGCUUCAACGCCUCCUCAUCCUGGGAGGAAGUGGACAGACUGGGACGCCAUGUUCUAUGGUCCCCAGGAAACGCAGAUCUGCACAGUCAGGGGCCCGCCUGGGCGGCAGGGAGCAGCGAGCAGAGUGCCUCACUGGAGGUGGACCUGGGAGAGAGGAGGAACAUCACAGGUAUUAUCACAAAGGGCUCGGCAGGCCGGAAUAAUUUCUACGUGAAAUCGUAUAAGAUUCUCUACAGUAAAGACAGGAAGUUAUGGAAGGUCUAUAAAAGUGCCAGCAGUAAGGAGGAAAAGGUUUUUGAGGGCAAUACGGACAACGAACAGGAAGUGCGGAAUGACUUCAUCCCGCCCAUUGUGGCGCGCUACAUUCUCAUCCAGCCCCAGACGUGGUACAACAGAGUCUCCCUGAGGGUCAGUGUGCUGGGCUGUGCCACCCCCAGAAUCAGGUCCCUCCGGCCCGUCGCCAAAGUGCUUCCAGUCAUCCCCCCCACAGUCAGCAUUCCCGAGGGUCCGACCACAACUGGCGGACCGGUCAUUAUCAAGAACCAGGACACAGGUCUGAGAGCUUCCAAUCUGGUGGUGAUACUGGCCGUGGUCGGCCUACUGGUGGUCUGCGUGCUGGUCCUGGUUCUGUGUCUGUGCAGAAAGAAAAGGAAGAAUGCAGCUGAAGUGAAAUGCUCGCUUGUGAAAGGGUGUCAGAGUUCAGGGGGAAAGAUGCAGGGCUGUUGCCGUGGAAACCUGCCUCUCUCGGAGUCGGAGCUGAUCUCGUACCCUGUGGAGAGGGUCAUCCCUGGAGAUCUCAGCAAGGUCCCCCUCACGGACUAUGCAGAGCCGGAUCUGAUUGCCGGGGGCAAGGCUGGACAGAAAACAGGGUCCACGUUCCGGCCGGCAACUGAUGAGGGCUACACCAUCCCUCUGAUCCUCAACCACUACGACGUUCCGGGGCAAUUCCAUGAGUACGCCGAGCCUCUGCCGGCAGAGCCUGAGUACGCCACCCCCUUCACCGAGCCGCCACCGGACCCCGGUGGGGGCGGGGCCAAGAAGAACAUCUGUGUGGUCAAAGUGGUGCCCCCCUGCCAGGGCACAGGACUCAACAUCACAGGCAGCUCACAGCUAGCCCGAUAUGACUGUCCUGCGCAGAGAUCACUGUUCACGGAAGGGAAUCCCCUAUACAACAUUCCCCAAACUGCUGCAGACGGGGCAAGGAAAGCCAGUGUAGUUUAUGCCGAACCGCAGGCCAGAGACUCUUUGAACCACAUGUACCACGAGCCAUUGUGAUUGUGGAGGACAAUCAGAAGUGCCUUAUGGGUAGAUUUAAACAUAAAUACAGCUUUGUGGUCGACAUUAUUUCAUCGUUCUAAGCACUAUUCAAAAGUUCUAAAACGCCACUCAAUUGCUGGUAUAGCGGUAUAUAUUCAUGUAUAUAUUAUAUUAUAUUCACAACGGACAUCGAUUUCCAUGGCUUGUUUGCACAUCACGCUAUAACUGGGAGCAGGGAGCCUUGAAUUGCUUCCAGAGAAACUAAUGUUGGUGAUUCUCAAAUGGCCGGUUGCCUCUGUGGUCUGUUUAGUAGUUGGAUGAACUUUGGAAACCACUGGACCGUUAUAGUAAGUCGUAUCUGAUAAUUCAUAGGUCAAAUGUUGGGUGUAUGAGGUGUUACCUGAAGUCAGUAUGUGGAGUGACAUGUCAUCUUACUAAAUCUUACAAUGCAGUGGUUCUGUAUUAAGGGGAAAGGUAGCACAAAGGCAUGGGUAAAAUGGUACCAGAGUGUAGAAUGUCCUAUUGACAUAUCAAUGGCGUUAUAAUGAAUGGUACAGUAUAAAGCAAAACAGUACAUUACAGUAUCACAACACUGUGCAAUAUAAACGCAUAACAAAGUUGUUAUCGAAUGGGUAUGUAUAGAGAGAAAGACCCAUCGGAUUAGGGAGAAUGGCUGGAUAAUCAUGUUAAUGAGAACUCAUUACAUGCAUUUGGUCUGUUCGUUAGGGUGUUCCAAAAAGAAUGAAUACUGAGGGAAAAUACAAAAAAAUGUUCGAGGUAUUUGUUCUGUGAAAAGGUGACAAUGUAUCACGAACGACCUAAUGAGGAUACCAGAUUAGGUGUAAAUGAACCAACUCUAGAUUAUACAGCCGCUUUUCCAUAGCAACCUUCUUACAGUAUAUUUGAACCCCCUCUGUGGCACGAACAAGGGACCAGCCUUGGAAGAAUGAACAGAGUCUUCCUGCUCCCAUCACUGCUUGCGUUUUAUAUUUGGUCCAAAUCCACUGUGUUACCGCUGAUGCUGUUGUGUGUGUCUUCAGUACAUAAUAAAAGGAAAUGUGCCUUACACCGUAUUGUAAAAUUACUAAUGAAGGUUUAUCUGUUAAAUAUGUAAGUGCACCCCCUCGUGAGGGCAUUUUAUGUAAUUAACUCGUGCUUCUGUUUCCGACACUGCAAAAUGAAUUGCUUUUCUCUCUGGGACUAUACAUGUCACAAGCUUCUAACAAAAGUAUUUAUAUUUAAUAAAUAAGUGUCUGCAUUAAAAAUCCAGGUGAAACUAUAAGAAGUCAAGUAUGCAAACAUUUGGCUCGUGCCUUCUUGAGUGUAAUAUAGGGGGCUAAGAGUGGAUGAUAAAAGUUGAUAAAUGUAGACUGUGACAGACGGACACUAUCGGUGCAAAAGGGUAUCCGUUUUUUGAACGAGGACUCCAAAACCAAGCAAAGAAUAUAAAUAUUUUCAGCACUAUAAGUGGGGGACCAGUGAAGACACUUUUUUUUCUACUGAACUUUUUGAAUAUCUUACUCUUUUCUGCUGUUGGAGGGUAUACUGACACAUUGAAUUCAAUUUGAAUUGUGGCUCAGCUGUCCUUUACAGAAGAACACGUUACUGGCACAGUAUUUCAGCAUGCCAGCUGGUUUUAAAGCAGAAAAAGUGGAGUUUAAUAACAGUUUUAUCUGGGACUCUGAAAUUCUGGUUUGUGUAAAGCCACAUUUUUUAUAUAUUGAAUUGUGUUUUCACAAGAUUUUAAGUUCACUGCAUGCCAUUGUUAAAUCAUCCAUUGCAUCUUAUUAUGGGAUGUGCCAUCUUACAGCAAUGUUUUAAUCAAAUGAUGAACAAAAAGUAUUUUAAAAAAUGACUGGAUGUGUGGCUUUAUUUCAUGCUGGUAUCCCACGAUCAUUUCCCGUUUUAUACUAAAAUAAAUGUUAUUUAUAUCUGUAGUAUUUCACGUAUAAUUGCACAGUUUCUGUUUUCUGGGAAAAUGCAGGGCAUCCUUUGGUUUCAUAUACAAGUCCUUGCGUUUGUCUCAUAGUAAAGGGUCCCAGUGGUUGAAGAGACAUGUAAAUUCAGGGCGUGGAGGCCAAGGUGUUUAUAAGUAUGUGUUAUACACCCACAUGGUAAGCUGUGGCAUUGUUAGAAGACCACACUGAAGCUUUGUAAUUGGAUUUCUAAUAGAUGGUUUG